AUGAAAAGGGUUAGGUGCUUACUCUCAGAUGCUAUACUCAGUGAGAAGUAUUGGGCUGAAGCUGCUAACUAUGUUGUUUACACCUUAAAUAGGUGCCCUCAUACAUCCUUAAACUUUAUGACCCCUAAAGAAAAAUGGACAAAACAUCCUCCUAACUUAGAUAACCUAAGAGUCUUUGGAUGUGUUGGUUAUAUACAUCAAAAUCAGGGAAAGCUAAAGUCUAGGACUGUGAAAUGCAUGUUUGUUGGGUUUACUGAAGGUGUAAAGGGCUUUAAGAUGUGGAACCCAAUUGAGAAAAGACUUGUAGUCAAUAGGGAUGUUACCUUUAAAGAAAGGGAAAUGUUCAUGCAAAAAGAAAAGACUACAAUAGAGGUUCCUAAAAGCCCUUCGACUAGGAUUGAGGUGGAGACCCAUAAGGACAAGUCAGUAAAUCAUAAUUCUCCUAAUGAAUCAGAAGAAUAA